AUGCCUCAUCGGAAGUCAUCAUUCUCUACAUCAAGUUAUGCAGCCGCGAUCGCAAAGGCAUCUUCCGAAGAACUUCUCCAAUAUCAGAACGAAGCAUACAUCCAGCUGUAUCGAGAAAGAGAUGAACUGGUUGCACGAGAAAGAAUUCACGAAGAAAAGUACGCAAAGCUCAUCAGCGCAAUUCCCUCAGUUCUCCAUGGUGUACCACCAUCUCAGAUCUCUUCCGUUGCAACUGACAUCAGAUUUGCGAAAGCAAAUCCAAUUCCCCCGUUAGAACGAGCUGAAUAUCCAAGUGUCAGGUUCUGGUACAGGCAGGAAUACGACGCACACAUUCGCGAGCUAUCCGAGAGCAGGUCCAUCACUCAGAUUGACGAAGAUGAAUCCGAAGAUGGUCCGAAGAAGCCCCGGUACCUCGAGAACAAGGACGGUACGCCUUUCAACAAGGCACAGAUGAAGGCGGCUACUAGAGUCAUGCGAGAGAUAUGGGCAGAACUCCACUGUCGAGAUGAUGUUUCCUAUCUCCCAUCUACAUGGAGUAAGAAAACGGCUGACAUUGCAGCAUUCUUUUACCGGGAAAUGAAUCUUCGCAUACCAGAACUCGCUUACUGUCAUGGCGACUGGAAGGCGGAGAAAUUGGCCACAGACAACUACUCGCAAUGGACGCCCCCGAAGAAGAAUAAGAAAAAACAAUCAUUGUCAGAACCCGUUGACCAAUCGGACGAGUCUGACAGCGAGGUGCGUCCACGAAGACGACGCGGAGGUGGGAAGAAGAAGAGGCACAACUCAACCAUGUCGGAGAAUGACCACGAGGGAUCCUUGCGACGACGACGAGAUAGCAAGCGGAAGAGGAAUCAGUCAUCUACAUCGGACGAGGAGGGGCGCAAUACUCGCUCGCCAAGACGGCGGCGAGCCAGGAAGAGCCCUAGACACCGCUCCGUUGUCUCGCGCGAUGAUUCUAGCGCGCAUCAGGAUAGCCACUAUCAGGGAGCACAGCGUAUCCACGCUCCCACUGAUAAUGUUUCUACCAUUGCUGCUCGUCCAGUGCCAGAACCUCAGCCUCAGGCCUCGUCUUCAUCCGCCGACAUAGAUGCCGCACUGCCAACUCAAUCUUCCGUGCUAGAUUCUCCGCUGCCCGAACAUCAGCCUAACGCCUCGUCUUCGUCCGCCACCAUAGAUGCCGCACUGGCAACUGAGUCUUCCGCGCUAGAUUCUCCACUGCCAGAAACUCAGCCUAAUGCCUCGUCUUCAUCCGCUAACAUAGAUGCCGCACUGCCAACUCAGUCUUCCGUGCUAGAUUCUCCACUGCCGGAACAUCAGCCUGACACCUCGUCUUUGUCUGCCAAUGUGGACAACUCAGUUGAUGAUGAUACUAUCCCCAGCACAUCCGUUGUAGCCCUGCACACGACGCACGCAGAUGCACAAAGCAUUCCACUACUUGUGCCUUUCGAUCCACUUGCUGAUGAGUUCGAUCCACCUACUCCUCACUCUCUCCCCACCCAGUCCAAAACCACGAGUGCAAGUGGUACAGGUGUAGCACCUGCCGAUAGUGAUCUCGGAGCGAUUACUGCGGACGCACCUGCAAAGCCGAAGCGCAAAUCACCCAAGAUGAAAGCGAAUAAGUCCAACGAUGCAUCUAAUUUGUUUGCCAUCAACUGGCUCCCAAUGAAUCAAGGGAAAUCACGCGACGAAUUCAGCGCUGCUUGGGCAGCUGUAGAUGCAGAAACCAGGAAGAAAUACGAGGUUCUCAGUGCAACCAAGAAGACUGCUGCAAAGACGGAGGAGGCUGCAAAAAGAAAGGCUAGUCGAGCGACCAAGGCCACUAAUAAAUCGAACGCGAACAUUGCAGGGUGCGGAAGACUGUGGCUGGGUAUCCGAGUUCUGUUGCAUGUGGAGGCGGGCAGCACGGGUGACAGUUUUGGGGCGUGGGGCACGAUGCAGGGGGGGAGCGAGGCGAGCGCGAUGCAGGGCACAGGGCGCAGGGGCGGGCGUGGGCGCGAGCGCGAUGGGGCGGGGCAGGGCGGGCGCGAGCGCGACGGUGGGAUGGCUGGCGCUGGCUUACUCGGACUGCAACGGACGAUAUCGAAGGACAACGGACCUAAUCACAGCCUAUCGAAGACUGUCGAUGUGUAG